AUGAGCGAUUUCAGCGCUGCAGACUGGUUUGACGACGGAUUUCGUACACUCGCGUGUUCAAGGCCAGGUCGUCUGCUUAUUACAGUCUUUCUCAUGCUGUUCGUUUACCUCGCUUCUAUUGUUCUUACAUCAAACCGUGCCGUAUCCGUCAUAGACGUGAACGGCUCGGCACCGUCGACAAAAAUGAAUAAAACAAGAGCAAUGGAUAUUCUUACGAAGUUAUGCGACUCAUUUCGUGACGGUCUGAUAUCAGGAGAUUCAUGCAAUCGACUAUGCUAUAAACGAGAGUGGAAAAUCAACGACUACUACGAGGGAAACAAGACAGUACUGGUUUUGAAGGAUGGAGGACAAACUGCUGUGUUUAAGAGUAUACAUCCUUCUAUGAAUCAUUUUGCACGACUAGAUGAAAAUCUCAGCUAUGAUGAAUUUUCAGACAUGGUAAUAUAUAUUACAGUUUUCUCUUUCAUUCUUUCAUCGUCAUGUCUUUUCGUAACUUGUUUAUCAGUAAAUCACUGA